UCACUCAUUUCUCAGGUUGUCUGGGAUCUAACACUCAGGUUGUCUUUGCUGUUGUCAGGUUCUGGGUCGGGGGUGUGGGAUUAACCAACGGAACUCAGUUGGUAGUGCCCAGCAUGAUUUCAUGAAAUCUGGCAUGGGGGAGGCGUUAUGGAUUUGCUGUAAUUGGCAUGGGGGAGGAGUUAUGGCUUUGCAGUAAUUGGCAUGGGGGAGGAGUUAUGGAUUUGCAGUAAUUGGCAUGGGGGAGGAGUUAUGGCUUUGCAGUAGUUGGUAUGGGGGAGGAGUUAUGGCUUUGCAGUAAUUGACAUGGGGAGGAGUUAUGGAUUUGCAGUAAUUGGCAAGUGGGAGGAGUUAUGGAUUUGCAGUAAUUGGCAUGGGGGAGGAGUUAUGGAUUUGCAGUAAUUGGCAUGGGGAGGAGUUAUGGAUUUGCAGUAAUUGGCAUGGGGAGGAGUUAUGGAUUUGCAGUAAUUGGCUUGGGGGAGGAGUUAUGGCUUUGCAGUAAUUGGCAUAGGGGAGGAGUUAUGGAUUUGCAGUAAUUGGCAAGUGAGAGGAGUUAUGGCUUUUUGCAGUAAUUGGCAAGUGGGAGGAGUUUUGGAUUUGCAGUAAUUGGCAUGGGGGAGGAGUUAUGGCUUUGCAGUAAUUGGCAAGUGGGAGGAGUUAUGGCUUUGCAGUAAUUGGCAAGUGGGAGGAGUUAUGGAUUUGCAGUAAUUGCCAAGUGGGAGGAGUUAUGGAUUUGCAGUAAUUGCCAAGUGGGAGGGGUUAUGGAUUUGCUGUAAUUGGCAAGUGGGAGGGGUUAUGGAUUUGCAGUAAUUGGCAUAGGGGAGGCGUUAUGGAUUUGCAGUAAUGUCUUGGCUGCAGUGUUGCACGUGUCACACCGUACAGCAGGUUGUUCCUGGCUAUCUGUCCUCUUACCUAAUCAAAGGCUUGCUUUCCUGGAGCGUGGGUUGCCAGACACACCGUAUUCUGUCUCUAUCUACAUGUAAACAGAUCUAUCUAUACACGGGUCUAUGUUCGUGUUUUACUUAUAGACCUGUGGAAGUUGCGCUUCCGCUAUAGGCCUGUAGGGGGAGCGCUAAUGCCGGCUCAGGAAAAAAGUCUCGGGUACCAAUAUCAAAUAAGGUAGUCAGUGCCCCACUCCUUUAGGUCACGCAGCAGACACCGUGACGUCAGUGUGACGGGUCCGUUUCUGGGUACAGGUCAAGCGAGGAUCCAAAUAUUUCCUGCUCCCAGUCCUAGUUUACUGGGUGGAAGGCCGAUGAGUCUCCGUUCUCCCGCUCGCCCUUCAGCCUAUUUUGGCGCAGCCCUGCACGUGACCUCGCAUCAAGACUGGCGCGAGCCUUCCCUGCCGCCGGGCGGGAGGGGGAAAAAAAACCCUGUAAACAAUCUACUCGCGCUGUCUGUGUGUAUGGGGAGGGCGGGGCGGUGAUUAUACUGGCCAAUUAAAAGCUACAGGGCGUGGUCUAAGUAACAGGACGCUUGCUUUCAGCUGGUUUGUCUUUCACCCCGGUUAGUCUUCCGUAGGCUGGUGGAGAGAGAGCUUGUGUUGUGCUCGCCGGGAUUGCUCUUUGUGUAAAGUCCUUGUUGACAUUUAGCCGGUCACGACGCUGCCCCCUUUGCUUGACGCUGUACUACGUUAUUUCCAAUUGUGGAGCUCUGGUUUGUGAGGAGGAGGAGGAGGAGCAGCGAUGAAGAAUUCCAAGCUGUGAAUAGAUAAACAUACCAAAUGGCCAAACAACCGUCGGUCUUGAGUCCGGAGUGUAAUAGUGGUGAAGGUGGCCAGUUACAAUCAACAAGCAGACGACAUUCUCAUCGUCCUCGCAGAAGAGGGGCCCCCACCUCUCUUAGCAGUCCUUUUCAAGGUAAUCAAUCAGAUGAGGGUGGGAGCUCCUCAGCCAGCACUCCUUGGGGUCCUACUUUAUCGCCUUAUAGCCCCAGUUCCUUUGUCAACAGAUCACCCCAUUGCAUGCUGGUAAGAGGAUCAUCACUUGUCUCCAAAACCUCAAGUGGCUAUUUUACAUUCGAAGGGAGUCCUGGGCCUGUGAGCUGUGAUAAAUCAACUCAAACACCAAGCCCUCCUUGUCAGGCAUUUAAUCACCUCCUUUCUGCAAUGGAGGAAGGAAGAGGCUGCAUCAAGUCUGUGAUGCCAGAGAUGCUAACUGAAUUGUCACUAGAGACCUGUUUAUUGGCUUACAUUUUAGAAGUGAACAAGCAUUAUUUAAAAAAAAAAAAAAGGUUGUAUGCAAUAAAAAUACAUUUAUAUUAAUUACAUUGCAAUAUGACUCUUUAUUCAGUUUGAUCACACCAAUUGGCAAGUGUUUGAACAAUGCCUCUGACAUGAUCAAACUGUGUGUAGUAAAAGGCAUCCAGAAAGGGGAUUCGAUACACCAACCCUGUCCUGCAAUACAGACAACACACACACUUCUUCAUAUUCCUGGUGCUAUAAAAUCACAAGGUGCUCAAAUAGUAAUGAUAUAAAGGGGUUAGUAGUACCCCAAGUCUGAUGUGAUUCAGAGGCCUAUUUAUUAAAGGAGAAGGAAAAGUUAAAACUAAGUAAGCCUUAUCAGAAAGGUCCACCUAAAUAGACC